UCCACAGGGCCAGUCCAGGCGGCGCAGCCACCCGCGCCCCGAGCCUCCACCUGCGCUUGGGCGCCCAGAGUCUGCGGGCCCGGCGAGCUCUCGGCAGCGCCAGGGGCGAGCGGGAGCCGGCAGGUCCGGACGCCGACCACAGGGUGCCAGCCAAGCUGCUGCGCGCCCUGGCGCCGGGCUGGGUGGGCGACAGCUGCUGGGUUCCGGCGAGCUGAACCAGAGGAUUGCCUCGGAAAAGCAAAGAUGACACAGUGGAUCCUUUGCCUUCAGGACCCAUUAAGGUGAGAAUAAGACCGUUGGCUGGUUGGAACGAGCCUAAGACACAAAGGCAGCCAUGGAUAUGGCGUAUGGCCUGUACAACGGGAGCCGACCAUUGCUUUCCUCUCCAUUCGACCUCAAUGGCUCAGUGGCGGCAGCCAACAGCUCAAACCAGACAGAGCCAUACUACGAUCUGACGAGCAAUGCGGUCCUCACGUUCAUAUAUUUCGUGGUCUGCAUCGUUGGGUUGUGUGGCAACACGCUUGUCAUUUACGUCAUCCUGCGCUACGCCAAGAUGAAGACCGUCACCAACAUCUACAUCCUCAACCUGGCCAUCGCUGACGAGCUCUUCAUGCUGGGUCUGCCCUUCUUGGCCAUGCAGGUGGCUCUGGUCCACUGGCCCUUCGGCAAGGCCAUCUGCCGGGUGGUCAUGACUGUGGACGGCAUCAACCAGUUCACCAGCAUUUUCUGCUUGACCGUCAUGAGCAUUGACCGCUACCUGGCUGUCGUCCACCCCAUCAAGUCGGCCAAGUGGAGGAGACCCCGGACAGCCAAGAUGAUCAAUGUGGCUGUGUGGGGCGUCUCUCUGCUGGUCAUCUUGCCGAUUAUGAUAUAUGCCGGGCUCCGGAGCAACCAGUGGGGGAGGAGCAGCUGCACCAUUAACUGGCCUGGGGAAUCUGGGGCAUGGUACACAGGGUUCAUUAUCUACGCCUUCAUCCUGGGCUUCCUGGUGCCCCUCACCAUCAUUUGUCUUUGCUACCUGUUCAUUAUCAUCAAGGUGAAGUCCUCUGGAAUCCGAGUGGGUUCCUCCAAGAGGAAAAAGUCUGAGAAGAAGGUCACCCGGAUGGUGUCCAUAGUGGUGGCUGUAUUUAUUUUCUGCUGGCUCCCCUUCUACAUAUUCAAUGUCUCCUCAGUCUCGGUGGCCAUCAGCCCCACUCCAGCCCUAAAAGGCAUGUUUGACUUCGUGGUGGUCCUCACCUAUGCCAAUAGCUGUGCCAACCCCAUCCUGUAUGCCUUCUUGUCUGACAACUUCAAGAAGAGCUUCCAGAAUGUCCUCUGUUUGGUCAAGAUGAGCGGCACAGACGACGGGGAACGGAGUGACAGCAAGCAGGAUAAAUCCCGACUGAACGAGACCACAGAGACGCAGAGAACCCUCCUCAAUGGAGACCUCCAGACCAGUAUCUGAACUGCCUAGAACAGAAAUAAAACAACACAGCGCCAAGCUCUGCCAACCGGCAAUGUACCCCCUACCCCACCCACUUCCUUCCUCCCACCCACCGCACCUGGCUUCUAGAAUAGGGAAUUGUUCCGCAUGAGUCCAAUUCAGAGAACCGUGUUUGAGUCGGCGUGUCUGAGUGACUGAUGUGUGUUAAAUUGAUUAACUCCCCCUAAAAGUGAACUUUGAAAUACUGGCAGACAGUUCAAAGUCUGGAAAAGAGGUGAUCAUCUGGAUGUGAUCCUUUGA